AUGGAGAUGUUGCCCAAAUCUCCUGCUACCGCGGUACUUUCCGCUGCUAUCGUAUGGACCUUUGUUCGAUACCUACAAAUGUUACGAGUUGGUCGGAAGUAUGCCGCACACCAGCACAUGAUCGUUUCUGAAGAGACACUUUUAUUGAGACUUUUUCUUCCCGGCGGAGUCAGCAUUCCGGGGGUGGUUUACGGUGGCGAUCACGCUUUUCGAGCCAAGUAUAGCGAAUUUUCGCGUGCGGGAAAAGAUGCGUAUAUGCAAGUAGCAAUGACCAACCUGCGGCCAAAUGUAUAUAUCGCCGAUCCUCAAGCGAUCAAGGUUAUUGCCACACAAAAGCAGCGGUACGUCAAAGAUGUAGAAUACCUUGACCAAUUUAUCGGGCACUACGGGCAAAGCCUGGCGAUGGUUGAAGGCGAAGUAUGGAAGAGGCAGCGUAAGGAGACCCAGCGCGCCUUUAAUGAGAAAAAUAUUCGUUUGGUUUGGUCAGAGACCGAAGACAUCAUGCGGAGUUUGUUCAAAAUAUGGGACAAUCAAGGCCAUAAAGAAGUUCGCGUAGAAAACGCAACCGACGUGACCGAGACUCUUGCUCUGCUUGUAAUUUCAAUGGCAGGAUUUGGACGCCGUACCAAUUGGGAUCCCAAGGAGGAUAAGGUCCCCGAGGGGCGCCAGAUGUCUUUCUCAAAUGCGCUGCGGACUGUUUCCAAGAACCUUAUUUUCAGGGAUGUUACAACCGCAUUCUCCGAGUUUGGAGCAUAUCUCACCAACAUGGUUGGAUUGGGUCGCAAGAGUUCCGAAAUCACCAGUGAACAGCUACAAGAUGGACACCAAACACAAUUGGCACCCGAUAGCCUUUUCAACAUUCUCCUCUCAGCGAAUGAUGAAAACAUGGAGGAUGAAAAAAAAGGAUUGGAUGAUAGAGAAGUUGCUGGAAACAUCUUUCUGUUCCUGUUUGCAGGGCACGAGACGACCGCGCAUACACUCUCUUUCUGCCUUGGGCUAUUGGCUCUAUAUCCAGAGACUCAACAGGAGGUGUAUGUGCAGAUCGAACAGUUCAUGAAGUUACAUGGAAGGCUUGAUUACUCGAAACUAAAUGAUAUCAACCUUGUAGAAUGUGUAUUCUGGGAAAGUUUGCGCAUGUAUCCCGUAGUGACUCACAUCGCCAAGGUUGCUACAAAGGACUCGGUAGUAAGUGUUGCACGCAACGGCUCUAGUACAAACGAAGAUAUACGCGAAGACUUCUUUAUUCCCGAGGGCGCAAACGUUUGGCUGUCUAUUACCGCAGUUCACUACAACCCCACUUACUGGCCCGAGCCCGAAAAAUUUCGACCCAAAAGGUUCCUGGAGCCUUACAACAAGGAUGCGUUCCUUGCGUUUUCUACUGGGCCUCGCUCGUGCAUUGGACGAAGGUUUGCCGAAAUCGAAGGGAUCGUUGCGCUCGCCAUGCUGAUUGAGCGCUAUGAGAUUAAAAUCGACGAAGAGGAAUUUCUUUCCGUUCCGGGAGAAAGUGCACUCGAACGAGAGGCACGUCUAUUGGAGCCAAUGCAAGAAGCCACUAUUGCACCAAUCAGGGUUCCUCUGGUCUUUAAGCGCCGUUAUUGA